AUGAGGUUUGAUGGGUUAGCAACGACGGCCUCAAAUGGCAUAGGAGUCGUGUUGAGCUGCGAAGAUGGGGACAUCAUGCCAUUAUCCUUCAAACUUGAUUUCCUAUGCUUGAAUAAUGCCGCUGAGUAUGAGGCAUACCUGAUUGGGCUGGCCAUAACACUUAGUAUGGGGAUCAAGCAUAUAAGGGUGUUGGGAGAUUUCAACCUUGUAGUUUCCCAAGUCAAAGGAGACUUCGCAUUAAGGGAGCAUAGCCUGGCAUCCUAUCAGACUUGGGUGCAGAAGGUAGAAGGGAAAUUUCAGGCCUUUAGUGUGGAGUACACCCAGAGAAGUGAAAACCGGUUUGCUGAUGCACUAGCCACGCUAGGAUCCCAAAUACCUUUCAAGGGAGAGAGCACUUUGAUAAAGGUAAGAAAGCAGCAAAACUCCAUCGUAGGAACCCUCAAAAGGAUGUUUCCAGAAGAAUCAGAAAAGGAAGAUUGGAGGAAUGAGAUAAAGAGAGAAAUGAGAAAACUAAUGUGUGGGGGAAGUAUCAAAGAAUUGAAAGAUUACACUUUGAUAGAAGGGGAACUAUACAAAAGGUUGCCCGGAGGGAUCCUGUCCAAAUGUAUCAAUGAAAAGGAAGGAAAAUUGAAGUUAGAAGAAUUACAUAGCUAG